AUGUCCAAAAAAUACAAGCACAUACCAUCAUUUAAUAAUAAUAACUCCAGAGAUAAUACACUACUUGAGGUCAAAAAACCUAUGUUAUCAAAUCUUGUACAUGCAUCACACAAUACAGAAGCCGAAAUCAAGAAAACCUUGGAAGAGCUGCGCUUCUUCAUUUUCAAGAACUCAAUAUUAGGUUCUAGUCAGAAAUAUCGUCAAAAGGUAUGGAAACUUCUACUAGAGGUAUACUACGUAUCGGCCAACUGUUAUAAGGAUUUGCUUGAAAACGGCGUAUCCGAAUAUCACAAGGAUAUUAUACAUGACUCGACAAUAUCAUUUUUCGACGAUGGUACGGAUUCUUACAAAGGAACGCUUAAGCAGAUGCAAAGGGUGCUGAACUCGUUUAUAUGGCUACAUGCAGAGAAGACAACUUUGACAAGCACGGCUACCGUUUUUAUAUCUAAACUGCUGUUAAGACAUCAACCAGCACACUGGAGAUUCGCCUAUGUAAAUACCAUGAGCUUCCUGGUUGUACCAUUCAUUAUGAUAUUGCCAGAGCUGGACGCUUUCUUCACAUUUACUACCUUUGUCCGCCACUGUUGUCCUUUGUACGCUCAACCCAACUUGCUCGGUGCUCACUGCGGCGUCAAGCUGUUGGAUGUAUGCCUGAAGAUAAUAGAUCCUGAAUUGUCGGGCUAUCUUCGUGGCAAAGGGCUAACAGCUGAUAUAUUUGCUUUCAAAGAAAUAUCAACGUUAUCAGCAUCGGUCCAGCCAUUCUCGGAAGUACUUCAUCUCUGGGAUGUGAUGAUCGCCUUUGGUGUCCAUUUGAAUAUCUUGUUCAAUCUUGCUCAGCUGGUAAAGCGUCGAACUAAGAUAUUAUCGUCAACAAGCCCUAUACAUUUGAUUAGAUCGCCACCUCCCUUAGACGCUCUUUCCACCAUUAACCUUGCCUUUCAACUAAUUGAUAUCCUGCCUAACAAAACAUACUUGCAACUCGUACGACAUCCAUAUGACGAGACCAUAGCCCAUGAAUUAGGAGUUGAUGUACCGGAAAGUGAACAAGAUGAAUUUACUGGAGAUGACACUGAAUCUGAAGGGUAG